AACUUCGCAGUAUAGCGUUAGUGUCGGUGCGAAGUUCACAGAUCGCUGCUAUCACCGCUGAGUGUUUUUUGAGCACACCCGCUCAGACGUUUAUUGGGUUGCGUUCGGGACGUAAAGGAUUACCUUUUUUUGUGGACUUUGGUUAGCUAUGUGGACAGUUGAAAUUUAGGUUUCGAGUUAUUUUGAAGUGUUGAGGUACUAGUUUUUUCGUUUGACGUGCGGUUCAAGACUAGUGGUUCGUAUGGUUAUGUCAGAGCAAGGUGGACUGGCCAUGCACCAGUUACCUAUGCAUCACAGAGGGUUGGUGCAACCUAGUUUAGUGAUGAACCCGCAUCCCAUCAAUGAAUCUUGUUCUAUUGAAGCAUCGCAGAGCAAAAAGUCUCAAAGGCUGAGCCACUGCAUGGGAUGUGGGGGUCAAAUUCACGAUCAGUACAUACUCAGGGUUGCACCGGACCUAGAAUGGCACGCUGCUUGUCUGAGAUGUCAAGAGUGUCAACAGUUUCUAGACGAGAAAUGCACCUGUUUUGUUAGAGAUGGAAAAACUUAUUGUAAAAGGGACUAUGUGAGGUUAUUCGGAGCGAAGUGCGAUAAGUGCGGCAGCAUUUUCAGCAAAAAUGAUUAUGUGAUGCGUGCCAAAAACAAGAUUUACCACAUCGAAUGUUUUCGAUGUUGCGCGUGCGCCCGGCCGCUAGUUCCAGGGGACGAGUUCGCGCUGCGCGAGAGUGGCGCCCUCUAUUGCAAGGAGGAUCACGAUGUGAUGGAGAGCAAAAGUGGUUCGGCGCCGGCAACGCCGCACGGGGUCCAGACAGAAAGCAACAACAAUACUAGUCUCAGCAACAACAAUCACAGUAAUGCAUCCACGGAGUUGGGAUGUAUGUCAGAUUCUGGAUCCGAGAGCGGUUCCCACAAAGGAGGCAACGGUAACGGCGGUGGAGGGGCGCCCCGCAAGUCCGGCGGCGGCGGAGGGGGCAGCGGAGGCGGCAGUGACGGCAAGCCGACGCGGGUGCGCACGGUGCUGAACGAGAAGCAGUUGCACACGCUGCGUACCUGUUACUCUGCUAACCCGAGGCCGGACGCGCUGAUGAAGGAGCAGUUGGUCGAGAUGACAGGUCUCAGUCCGAGGGUGAUCCGGGUAUGGUUCCAGAAUAAGAGGUGUAAAGAUAAGAAGAAGACCAUACUGAUGAAACAGCAGAUGCAGCAGGAGAAGUUUUAUGCACAGGAUGGCCGUAAAUUGGGUUAUGGGGCGAUGCAAGGUAUACCAAUGGUAGCAUCGUCGCCCGUCCGACAUGAUUCGCCUCUUGGAGUCCACCCAUUGGAAGUUCAAGCUUACCAACCUCCCUGGAAGGCGCUUUCAGACUUCGCAAUGCAUGCAGACUUGGAUCAACCUCACCAACCGGCCUUUCAGCAGCUUGUUAACCAGAUGCACGGCUACGAUUUACCACCACCCUCCAUGGGACCAGGAGCUCCCCCAGGACCACCUCCAGGCCUUCUAGGUAACUCCGCUCCUCCACCAGAUGUCAUGACCCAUCCAGACAGCACAGACAGCUACGUAACUUAUCUAGAAAGUGACGACAGCCUGCCUGCUAGUCCCUAACGCCCUCCCUUACCUGGCUAGCUCCGACCGGAUGCUCUCUUUGCUCUGUCAUCCUUCAUCAUGUACCACCAGAGGAGAUUCUUACACGCGCAGCUCGAAAACUGAACCUAUCCAAAGACACCCUAGAAGGAUAUCAAGUUUUCGAUAGAAAAUUGCAAAUCAAUUUUAGGGUCAGCCAUUGUCUGUGAACUCGAAUGCUUUUCGGAUGUUUUUAUCCUGAAUCCUGUUAUAGAAGCGAAGUCGAGGAUAAGAUGUAAUAUCGAAUAUACCAUUCAUAUUUAUCGUUAAUCAAACCAAAAAAGAUUUCAAAAGAAAUUAACUUGAAGAUAUUUUCUUCAAGAAGAAGUAUUUAAUACAUCUCAAAGUUUCAAUAAAAGAAAGAAAGAAAGAAUUGGUACAGUAGUAAGGAACUGGAACAAAUGGAGAUAAUUUAUUUAUCCUUGUAAAAAUGACUUGUAUGUACCUACAACCUCAAUGUAAAAUAUAAUUAUUGAACUUGUUGAAUAUUUUGAGAUCACCUGUUAUGUUCUAGAUGUAUCACAUAUUGUUUUGAUUUUAUUUUGAAAAAAAUAUGUUCCGUGCAUUCGAAUAAAAUGAUAGGGUAUUUUUACAAAUUAUGGAGCUGCAAUGUUUAAUGUAUUUAUACUAUAAAUAUGUAUGUAUUUGAUAUAAAACUAAGUUAAUUCGUGUAUAUAAUGUUAUGAGCAUAUUAUUAUAUGACUUAUUUGUAAAUAAAACCAAUGCAACUUA